GGCGCCCCACCGGUGCCACCACUGCUCAGGUGAAGUCCCCUCCAAACCUCCCCGCGCUCCGAGGCCGGAUCGUGCACGAAUCCCCGCCGGAUCUCGAUGCGCCGAACUCUGGCACUAAUCAGAAAACUCUGAAGUCGCGUUGCUGGUGUGCCAAGGACUGCUACUCUAUACUCCGUUGAAUCAGAACCUCAUCUACUGACCCACGCUCCCGCCUCGCUCUGCCCCGCCCGUCCCAGUCAGUCCCUCCCGUCGCCAUAAGCCAACGCCGCGCAGGCGCUCCCCGUGCCACUCAGCCACGCCGCACGCCCGCCGAGACGCCGACGCGCGCGGACCAGGAGCAGCCAUGGCCGUCCCCGAGCAGCGCGUCGUCGCCGUCAUCAUGGUCGGCGGCCCCACCAAAGGGACGCGGUUCCGGCCGCUGUCGCUCAACGUGCCCAAGCCGCUCUUCCCGCUCGCCGGCCAGCCCAUGGUGCACCACCACAUCUCCGCCUGCCGCCGCAUCCCGAACCUGGCGCAGAUAUACCUCAUCGGGUUCUACGAGGAGCGGGAGUUCGCGCUGUACGUCUCCUCCAUCUCCAACGAGCUCAGGAUCCCAGUCAGGUACCUAAGAGAGGAUAAGCCGCUCGGGUCUGCCGGAGGGCUCAACAGCUUCAGGGAUUACAUCAUGGAGGACAGUCCGUCACACAUUGUUUUGUUGAACUGUGACGUCUGUUCUAGCUUCCCCUUGCCAGACAUGCUUGAGGCUCAUAAAAAGUAUGGAGGCAUGGGAACUUUACUAGUCAACAAGGUGUCUGCUGAGUCAGCUAACCAAUUUGGCGAGUUAGUAGCUGAUCCUGAAACAAAUGAACUUUUACACUACACGGAAAAGCCAGAGACUUUUGUGAGUGAUCUCAUAAAUUGUGGAGUCUAUAUAUUUACGCCCAGUAUCUUUAAUGCCAUCGAGGAUGUAUUAAAACAGAAGAAAGAUAGAGCUAAUAUUCGCCGUGUAUCUAGCUUUGAAGCUCUUCAAUCAGCAACGAAGGCACUUCCGGCAGGCUAUGUUAGGUUGGAUCAAGAUAUCUUAUCCCCUCUAGCAGGAAAGAAGCAACUUUACACGUACCAGACACUUGAUUUUUGGGAACAGAUCAAGACCCCAGGGAUGUCUUUGAGAUGCUCUGGUCUAUAUCUUUCUCAGUUCCGUCAUACCUCUCCUCAUCUUUUAGCCUCUGGUGAUGGCAAAAAGAGUGCUGCUAUUAUAGGUGAUGUGUACAUCCAUCCAUCUGCAAAGGUGCAUCCAACUGCGAAGAUUGGUCCCAAUGCCUCGAUAUCAGCAAAUGCGCGCAUUGGAGCCGGUGCUAGGCUUAUCAAUUGCAUCAUUCUGGAUGAUGCUGAAAUUAUGGAGAAUGCAGUUGUUAUACAUUCAAUAGUGGGGUGGAAGUCAACAAUAGGAAAAUGGUCACGUGUGCAGGGUGACGGUGACCACAAUGCCAAAUACGGUAUCACCAUUCUUGGUGAAGCUGUUGAUGUUGAAGAUGAAAUAGUUGUAACUAAGUGCAUCGUGCUCCCGAAUAAAACACUCAAUAUCAGUGUGCAAGAGGAGACCAUCCUAUAAUAUUCCUUUUAUAAUUCAUAUUUUACUUAAUCCCAAAUAAGGUCUUCGUACCAAAUAUCAAAUAUGUAAUUCCCCCCUUAUUUUUCCCCCAGUGCAAGAUCCUAUUAGAUUGAGAUCAUUAGUCUACUCAGAUUGUGAUGUAAUUUUGUUUAGCAUUCUGGGGUCAAAGUUACGGAUGUAGAAACUGUACAAAUAGAUGACAGCAUUUUUAUUGAGAAAUCACAUUUUAUACUCUGGAUCAACAGUCAGCCAGUGCUGCAUUUUGAAUAUCA